AUGGUGUUCAGACACUUCCCUAAUCAAAGAGAAGAGUCCCAAGAGAUGAAUGAAUUGACCUUUAAAAGUUGUCACGUGUUCUCCUUCCAGGUGUCAGCGGUGGACUCCUUGGAGGGUCCCCUUCUUCAGGUGGAGGGAUUGAGUGAUCUGAGACUGGAGCUCCACAGUAAGAAGAUGAACAUGCACUUAGUCCUGAUAGAUGAAUUACACCGUCAUCUUUACAUCAAAUCAACUAACCGAGUAGGACAACGCAACAAGGAGAAAGGGAGAAUAAGUUCACUUGUGAAAGAUGCCUCUCCUGUACCUCUUAUGGAUGUUACUAACUUGUCUACACCUCGAAAGUUCCUUGAAACUUCCCAGUUCAGUACUCCUGGAAGCUCCAGCAUGCGAGAAACAAGCCUUCUGGAAAUUAAAGAAGAUAUGGAACUGGAUCCAGAGGAGAACAGCACUGUCUUCAUGGGCAUACUCAUCAAAGGGCUGGCCAAGCUGAAAAAAAUCCCUGAAACAGUGAAAGCCAUCCAGGAUCGCUUGGAACAAGAACUCAAGCAGAUUGUUAAGCGGUCCACAACCCAGGUGGCAGACAAUGGUUACCAGAGAGGGGAGAAUCUGUCCCAGGAAAAUCAGCCUAGGUUACUGCUGGAGCUGCUAGAGCUUCUCUUUGACAAAUUCAACGCUGUGGCUGCUGCGCACUCUGUCGUCCUUGGACAUCUUCAGCAAACAGUGGUCUCUCCUUGCAGCCAGUAUGAUGGUGAUAUCAAACUCUAUGACAUGGUUGAUGUGUGGGUGAAGAUCCAAGAUGUCUUACAGAUGCUGCUGACAGAGUAUCUGGAUAUGAAGAACACUCGCACUGCCUCAGAGCCGUCCACCCAGCUUAGCUACGCCAGCUCUGGGAGAGAAUUUGCAGCGUUCUUCGCAAAGAAGAAACCACAAAGACCUAAAAACCCUUUGUUCAAGUUCGAGUCGUCCUCCCAUGCUAUUAGCAUGAGUGCCUAUUUGCGUGAGCAGAGAAGGGAACUGUACAGCAGAAGUGGAGAACUUCAAG